AUGUUGAGCAAUUGCUCCCGAUUUCUUCAAUGUAUCCCGUCGCCAUCUGUGAUUUCAACGGCCUCGGCUGCGGGCAGAUGGUGGCCUCAACCAGAGCGGCGAUCGUUCUCAACAGAUAAACCAGUUGCGCUGGAAAAUCGAAACGUAAUCAUUGUCGAGACACCCCGAGGAGAAAUACAACUUGAUAAAACAAAAGCCGCUCCGCUAUUCUACACACCACGCGGGAAUGGAAAAAAAGACUCUUUCGCUUUGGUGCCGUGGAAAAAUGGAGAACAAAUGGCCAACUAUCCGCUAUUUGAAGAAUCUAUCCAAAGAAGCAAAAUCCCUUGGAAUAUCUAUGAUGGACUUACAAGCGAAGAAAGAGGAGUUUAUCUUGCACAUUUGCGAGCAGUCGAAGAACGAAGAUUAACGUACACAUGUCCCGUCACAAAAGCAACGGUGAUGACAAUUUCUCAAUUAAUAUUCAACGGAAAAUGUUGUGGAAACGCUUGUCGACAUUGUCCAUACGAGCACGAGAAUGUACCCACCGAUAGAAAAGGAGAAAAGAUUUGGAAUGGCGUUUAUUUUGUUUAUGAAAUGUCAAAGCAUCGGUCCCGACCCCCAACAGUGGGAAUUCAUAGACGAACACGUUUAGUGGUUGUCGACAAUUCAACACUUGGAAAGGAGGCACAUGCGAGCGGUAAACUGGCCUAUUGCAUUGACACAUAUAAACAAGGAAAGCGUCAAAAGCACAUGCCCAAAGCAGUACUUGGUGAUAAGGUUCUCGUCGCGAUUCGAGGACAGAUGAGAAAAGCAUUCGUUGUGGGCGCACACGUUCAUAAAGAUCAUCUGCAACACGGAGUUCCCAGCACUGAUACGAAUAAUAUUGUUCUACUUGAUGAAGAGGGAAAUCCACUUGGAAAUCGCGUCGUGAAACCCAUCCCAGCAAGGCUCCUAGACAAACGAGAUCACGCCCAAUUCGCCAAAGUUCUUGCAUUAGCGAAUAAGUUUAUU